GCUAAGGACUGACGGACUGACUUCGGCCAGCGGCAGGCUAUUUGCCUUUGUUAGCUAGCUUGGAAAGCAGCAAGAAAAGACAGAGCCGCCUCCAUGCAAUAGCACACUUUUUGGAAAAUGAUCAUCUGUGCGAAUAAAAUGGAGUACCCCCUGAGAACCCAGUGCCAGCGAGUCCAGAAACAGGUGAUGGUGAACGGUGAGAAGGAGCGAGUGUCGCUGCUAUUCAUGAAGGCUCUGGUCAGCAGGGGGAGCGUGGACGCUGUGUCUCAGCAGAUGGCCUCUCAUCCUCAGUACUUGGAGAGCUUCCUGCGCACGCAGCACUACAUCCUGCACAUGGACGGUCCUUUGCCGCUGCCAUACCGCCAUUACAUCGCCAUCAUGGCUGCAGCACGACAUCACUGCAACUACCUGGUGUACCUGCACUCAGCUCAGUUUCUGAGGGUGGGUGGGGACCCUCUGUGGUUGCAGGGUUUGGAGGCGGCGCCCCCUCGCCUUCGCCUCCUUGACCACAUCAACAAGGUGCUGGCUCACCAACCCUGGCUCACAGCCUGCUCACACAUCCAGACGCUGCUGAAGUCGGGCGAACAGUGCUGGUCGCUGGCUGAGCUGGUGCAAGCUGUGGUGAUCCUGGCCCACUGCCACGCCCUCUGCAGCUUUGUGUUUGGAUGCGACACUGACUCAGACUUUGUCCCUCUCUCCAAAUCUCCUAACGGUACCCCACCAACCUUCUGCCCCUUUGAUGCUGCCAACGGCAACACCAACGUGCCUCAGUCUCUCGCCACUCCCUCGGAACACAUAACACGACGACGGUCUCUGGACUCCAGCUGUGAUGUGGUUUGUCUAAAAGAGAGGAUUCAGAAGUCCCAGGAGGAGCGUGAGAAGAGAGAAGAGCGCCUUCUGCAGACCCAGACACUCCAACAAACAGAUAUGGAAGAAGAGGAGGAGAUGAUAUGCUUCGCAGAUCUGUCACGUUUUAUCACAGACCCUGACUUUUGCUAUGAGGAGUUUGCUCGUAGGGAGGAAGACCACUUCCAAGUAUUUAGAGUUCAGGACUAUUCCUGGGAGGACCACGGCUUCUCCUUAGUCAACAGAUUGUAUUCAGACAUCGGGCACCUCUUGGACGACCGAUUCAGGAGCGUGACCACCCUCCCCUCGUUGCACAGCCCCGACCUGAAGAGGGCAAUCUGGAAUUACAUCCAUUGUGUGUUAAGAAUACGCUAUGAUGAUUAUGAUUACGGUGAAGUGAACCAGCUGCUGGAGCGAGAUUUGAAGCUGUACAUCAAGGCUGUGGCUUGUUUUCCGGAUGCCACCAAAACCCCAGUGUGUCCGCUGAGUUGGGCUGUACUUAAAACUUCAGAAAGGAUACAUGUGAAUUUACUAAUCAUGGAGGCCCGGCUGCAGGCGGAGCUGCUAUAUGCUCUGAGAGCCAUCACUCAGUACAUGAUUGCCUAAGUGCUUGGAAAGGCACAAAGUCAAAACUCUUCGCCGGUACAGAGAGACCCAGAGACACGAGGAUAAAGAAGCAGUGAAGUGGGACGAGAGCGGCACGUUUAAGGACACAGAGCUCCAUUGUUUUGUGGCUGUGCCUCAUGAAUGUGCUUCUCUUUUUCUCAGAGUUAAUGUAUUUAUACCAUAGUGUGCCACAGUCCCCUCCUCACCCCUUUCUGCAGAUUCUCUUAUUGUGAAGUCCUCUUAUCAAACAUCUCGGCUCUCAAAAGGUUGUGUGCAAUUAUUACUAGCGUUGUUUUAAUUUUUACCUGUUGUCAUGUGUUCCAGCUCAGUCUGUGAGAAACUGCUUGGUUGUAGCAGAGUGUUACAGUGGCCAAUGCUCUCCUUUUUAGUUCAAUCAGUCUCCUUUUGUAUUAACUAUGCUUUCCCAAAAAAUAUCUUUUUGUACAAGUUGAAUGAAUGUCAAUGGGAGACCAGGGCCUUUGUUUUUUGUUUUUUGGACAAUCCUAGUCAGUGUUGGAGGAGGACAUUAAGUGGACUGUGAAGGACGACCGCUUUGCUCUCCCUGACAUUUCGUAUUAAUGCUGGUCAAGAACAAACACAACGGUGACACUGCUGGAAGUUAUCACAUCACUAUAGUUUCUUUUAAUAAGCACUUUUUAAAACUUUAUAUAUUUAUAAUGCAAGGUAGCUCAUUAGUAGACAUUGAGACACACAGAGUGUGGGUCUGACGCCUUUCUUGUCACUGUAUGAUGUGUAACGAACAUUUUUAGACUGUUUGUCCUCAAACUUUCAGACUUUGCUUUUGUGCUCAACCCCAGAUGAACCCCUGAGUGAAGUUUCUUCUUAAUCCAAGAUAUUUCAGUGAAUUAUUGGAAGGAUUUUGAUGUUUGCAAACCACAGAAUUUACACCUGAUAAGAAAAUUUGUAACUAAACUAAACUAAACUGAAGUGGUCAGUGAGCUGUUUCCUACAGUGAAGAUAAAGCUGAGCCAUUUGCAGAAUGAUUGUUUUGUUUUUUUGUACUGACGUACUUCAGAAAUGAAUCAAAUCAGAGACUGAAUUUCAGACCAAAGGUCAUUUAAAAACAAAAAAACUAGUAAAGUGAUGAAUUGGACAGAUGAAAAGUGCACAGACGUAGAUGUGCACUGGUCAAAAGCUGAGGUUAAGUUCGGGUUUUUGCUCAAAGCUUUAUGCUAAAGCUUUUUUUUGUGUGAGCUGUAUCAAGGCUGAUUAUCAAGUCAAAAUCCAUGGUACAGUUUGCAGAGCAGAACAAUGUGCAAACUAGUCGUUAAAUCACUUGUAUCUUUUUUCUGUCUUUUUUAUUUUAUUUUUACGGUUUUUGUAAACUAUAGAGUUCUUUUUUGUUUGUUUCUGGGUGUGACAGUAGGACCUGCUUAUUGUGCUGCAGCCUGGGUAGAUGUAGAGGUGUGACGGACUGUUUAGAGAUUAGAUUUAGAUUUAGAAAAGAAACAAGUGCAUAUCGACAAAAGCAAAAGCGCUGUUAACACAGGUGCCUUCAGGCUAAAACUGGAGUGCUGCUGAAGUGGAGGGAUGUGACUUCUGGAGGUUGAAUGUGGGCUUUGGUUGCAACUGAGAAACACCUCCACCUGACGAGUGGAAAACUUGUGGUUUUUCCUGCAUGAACGGGAACUGUUUUUCCUCAUGUUGGUCAGCACGCUUUCUGAUAAAUAUUACGGUUGUGAAUGCCCGUGUUUUCUAUCAGGCACCUUCUACAAGCCCCAGCAACUCAGUCAGAGCCUUUGACACAGAUGGAUGUUAAAAAUGUUCAACUUUAGCAGAUUAAAAAAUGGACAAGUAUCUAAAAAUAAAAUGACCAAAAAAAGAGAACAAGUGAAAAGACAAAAAAAAAUGUUUU